CAGGAAGAAGCUCGAGGUCCACAGUGUGCAGCAGGUCUGGUUUAAUAUUUUAGAAAGUUAUUUUCACAGAUUUGACAUAAUAGGACCAUACAUGCACACUGGUGUCAGCUGAUACAAACUGAACUGCAAAGGGUGAAGACCUGUUGAGCAGAAGGUCAAACUAAGCCGAUCUGCACGAUUGCUUUGAGGAAACGUUUGUCCUCUGCUGGACUGCGACCACAACAAUGUCGGAUAUUGUGAUCAACGUGAGCCUUUCUGAUGAGCCUGCACAGAGGAGACCUUCCACAGGAAACCGGAAAAACAAAAACAAGCGCUUUCGUAAAAAGAUACGGGAUUUAGAGCAGAGGGGCAUCCUGGAGGGUAAAAAUAAAUACAACCACAGAAUGGGAAAGUGCGGACACAACCCACCUCCACGCCAAAAUGGAGCACCUGCAAAGCAUCCAUCGCUUCCCGCUUCCACACACGACAAAAGUUUACCUCGUCCGAGCAGCACGGCCUCUGCUUCACAGUGUAGCUCCACGCCUUCGACAUCCGCACCCAGCCUGCCUUCCUCGACUGUCUCUGUGAAUGACAAAGGCCACCAUGAAAAGCCAAAGGGGCCUGGGAACAUCAAACCAACGACCACUGCCCACCGCCCCCCAGCAUCAAGCAGCCAUAGACCCACCGCCACGCAAUCCUCAUCUUCAGGAAUCCCCACCAAGUACCUCGCUAUCGACUGUGAGAUGGUGGGUACGGGACUAAAGGGAAGCAUCAGCCAGCUCGCACGCUGCAGUCUCGUGUCCUAUGACGGAGACGUGGUUUACGAUAAAUUCAUCAACCCCUCCGUGCCCGUCACUGACUACCGCACCCGAUGGAGCGGCAUCCGGCACAGUGACCUCGUCAAUGCCAUGCCGUACUCUGAGGCCAGGAAGGAGAUUCUGAGGCUGCUCAUGGGGAAGGUGGUGAUUGGCCACGCCGUCCACAACGACUUCAAGGUGCUGGGCUACUCUCACCCCGGCGUCCUGACCAGAGACACGUCUCGCAUCCCUCUGCUCAACCAGAAGGCCGGCUUUGCCGCGAACGAGUGUGCGUCACUGAAGAGACUCACCAAGGCCAUCUUCAACCGGGACAUCCAGACGGGGAGGAAGGGUCACUCUUCGGUGGAGGAUGCCAGAGCCACCAUGGAGCUUUACAAAGUGGUGCAGGAGGAGUGGGAGUGGAAUCUGGCCUCCAAAGCACAGGCCAGCUAGUGUGAAGAGACAGCAUGGAAAACAAACUGUUUAAAUGGACGUCUUGGUGUGGCGGGUGUGUGUGUGUGUGUGUGUGUGUUUUGGAUGGACUGGCCUCGCUGCUUUGUUUCACGAUCAACUGACCUGUUGACAUGUGGAUGAAGAACGCAGAGCUGCUCAGUCAGGGUGCUGGGGAGCGUCUACCAGCUGUAAUGUCAUCCUGGGAGAAUAUAAAAGCUGUUCUUUCUCAGGGUUUGUGUUUAAAGGUGCUCCUGCCACUAGGGGGCAGCCAUGUUUUCAUUUCAAGCAGCAUCAGUGCAGCGUAGAAACAGUAUCAAUGACCCCGAACACACAGAAUAACUGGUUUUAAGUUUCCACAAGCUUCAUAAUGAAAUGUGCAGGUCAGCUGUUCCAGGACAGCAUCCACUGCGGUGUGUAUUAAUCUUCUCUCCGUCUGAGCGUGAGACAAUUUAAAGUCUGACAAAAGUGCCACGAAUCUUUGUAUAAUUUUAAUUAUCAUUCAGUGAAAAAGUGAGAAAAAUAUGAGUUCAAAUUGUGAUGCAACCUUUGAAGUUCUCCAGGGAGGUGUGCAGGGUUUCAGAGGUACGCAGGUCAUGAGUCCUGCAUGUGGCUUUUACUGUUUCAGACACUUUUUCAAAUGUGACUAAAUGUUUUAUAAUGUAAAUGUUUUGUUUUUUCUUAGAAAAACUGCAAGCAUGGACGUCUAGAAAGAAGGUGCUGUUAAACAGAAGUUAGUGACGUAUGUCGGCACAAAAAAGAAAAGAUUGUUGAAGCUCCUGAAGCCCACAGGCCGACCUUUCAAAAUAAAUGUUAAUGUAGAUAAUUCUGCUGAAAUCUUUCAGUAUCACCUGUCCUCUCACCUGUCCUCUCACCUGUCCUCUCACCUGUCCUCUCUCCUGUCCUCCCACCUGUCCUCUCACUUGUCCUCUCACCUGUCCUCUCACCUGUCCUCUCUCCUGUCCUCUCACCUGU